CUAUAAUAUUAGUUGUUUACAAAACAUGGCGGUGAUCAAUUAGAAACAGCGAUGAAAAAGAGGUGACAUUGAUUUUGUGUUGUGAAAUGAACGUUCAUUGAAAACCAGAACUGAAGCGGACAUAGAAGUACGAUAAAAGAACAAUAAAAUCAUUUAUAGUAUAAAAUACACACAAUUUUAUAAAGGAGUGAAGCGGAAUGGCAGGGAGAAGAAAUAGGUCACAGUUACGUGCCCCUUAUGACACAACAGAAGACAAUCUAGACUCACUACCUCCACCGUACAGACAAAAUGGUGUACCACCAGGGUAUACUGGUAACAGUCGGUACAAUUCCCCAAGAUUGCGAUCUCCAAGAAUGAGUGAAAAAUCUCUCGCACCUUCAAGAAAUCCUUCAAGACUCGAUAUACUCGAGGAAAGAAUCGCUCAGCAAGAGAAAAACUCUCAGGCAUUGAUAGAGCGGGCAUUCAAAACUAAGGAGGAUGUGAUUGAGAGUUUGAACUUCACACAUGGAACUUGGCAGGAAGAGAAACAUGCACGCAACAUGCUUCAGGAACAUAUACGCACAAUUACAGCAGUCGUCAACAGGCUAAACAACGAUAUCGCAAGUGUAGAUGAAACAAUUCGCGCCCGUGACUCCGCGGCAAUUGGAACAAACACUGCAGUAAAGAACCUUGAAGUACACCAUGUGGCCACAUUGACUGACCUGAGGGGUCGUAUUGUGCGCUGUGACACGUCCCUGGCAAAACUUUCUCAGGAGAUACGGCAAUGUAUGGAAUCCAUCAAACAAGUAAAUGGGUCACAACAAGAUCAGCAAAACAGACUUCUUGAUAGAAUACAUGAACUAGAAUCUAAGAUUGUUUCACUCAACGGCAGUGUUGACAGGACCUCGAGUGAGCAGAAGAUGAAGUUGCAACAUCUGGAGAGUGAUUCUGGCCAGCAACUCGCACAGCUUGACUCCCGAACUAGACAGGUUAUCGAUGAUUUAAAGAAUAAUAUAAACACAUACCAGCAUCAUGCCGAUGUUGAGCGAGAAAAAUUUGAGCAAAAGAUGUCUGCUGCUCUCGAAAAUCAGGCACAAGUCAGAGAUCAAAUUAUUGAGAAGUUAAGUCAGAAGGUAGAUGAGACGCAGUAUGUGAUGGAGCAGAGGAUGAGGAAGUUGGAAGAGAUGAUAGCCGCUGAGGGAGAGAGACUUACAGAAAUGCAACAGCAUCUUGAAAACAAGGUGAUUACUCGCUUGGAUGCCGCUAUCCGGCAACAACAUGACGAGAUUUCCAAGGUGAAACGUGACACUCGGGAUGGAUUCUCAACUGUUCAUGAGAGCAUAAGUAACAUGAAAACUGUGAUGGAAGGAAAACGUAAACUACUUGAAGACCAAUUACGCAAAGAAAUAAGCCAGAUCAGAAAAAUGGUUGUGUUGGUGUGAUGACGGGGAACGUUGGAUCAAAACACAAGACUGCGGCCAAAUGUAUAUAAUGCUAGUGUAUAUUAAAUUUAUAUACAUGUAUAUCGAAGGCUGAUCGUGAAACUAUUUUAUCUUGUUCUUUAUCUAUAUACAGUUACAAUGGUUUAGAACUCAGCCAUCAAUAUAUAUAUAUAUUGCAGUAAAAAUUCUAAAACUGUUUAAAUGGCAGGUUUGACUUAAAAAAAUAUCACUUUGAAAUAAUUUUAUGUUGCAUUGGGUGGUUUGUUCCUCUCUUGUACUAUUUGGUUUGUGAUCAGUAACUACAGAAUGAUUUGUCUCAAAGUGAUCGAGAUUCAUGCAUUGAUUACCUGUGGUCAGUAGAUAACUCCUGUAGUUUUGUGGGUCAGUAGGUCGAAGGUCAAAAAGAUCACACUGACCUAGACUAAAAUUGGUUUCCACUCAAUAACUGAAGGACACUUUCGCCUACAGGUGUCAAACUUCUUUGGAUGAUUGCUUGUGUGUUGAACCCUACUGUUUUGUGGGCCAGUAGGUAAAAGUCAAGGUCACAGCGACCUCUAGACGGAAAAUGGUUACAGUUCAAUAAUUAAAGAAAGAUUUGGCUGUCAACCAUCUUAAGAUAUUUGCCUGUAGUCAGAUGACCCCAGAUGUUUUGAGGUUACUUGAUCAAAAGUCAAGGUCACAACAAACAGAAUAACAUUUAGGGCAUAUAUGUUUUCCAAAAAGCUCUUGUUGAACAAGAGUUUGUUUUAAAUUUUUAUUUUUCAAACACCUGCCAAAAAAAAGAAAACUUUAAAAAGGUUAUUUUUGUUUAAGCAUAAAAAAGUUGUUUUUUAUCCACAUAGAGUAGGCCUAUGGCAGAAUUAAGUUUAUAUUUUUCACAUGUGAAUCCUAUUUUAUAUUUCUACAGCUAAUUUACAUUCAGAUUUUGACUUCUGCCAGUUGUAGUUUUCAUACAUAUAUUUAACAAAUAAUCAAGGCUUUCGAGUGGGGUUUGUCACCUGAUUUAUCCUGGUUCAGAGUUAAGAUGCGCAGGAAUUGAACCAAGAGGGCUAUAGCACGAAUGGUUAAAUACCUAAGCAUCUGAAUGGUGAACCAUGGUGAAUAAGACGACAAACCACAAGAAGACCUUGAUUUUUUUCAUUCUUACAUUGUCAUUGAAAUAUUUUAACAAAAAUUUUCCUGGGCUUCAUUUAUCCAAGUAGUAAUAAAUUGGAUGUCAUGUGGAAAUUUGAUGUCAUAAUUGACAUCAUAAUGCUCUCUUACCGGUCCAUGUGUCAACCGUUGUUUAUCGCUUGACUUUCUUUGUUUAGCAGUUGAAUCCAGCCAUGAUAGAAUGUUAAAUGAUUUAUUAAGUGGGUUUUUGGUUUUGCCUAAAACUUCUAUUUCUUCUGGAUCAAUUCUUGGAUUAAUAAAAAAUUUGGAGCUUUCCUUUUUCAGUAAGAUUUAAUUUUGCGGUUUAACAAAAACACAAAAUCUACAAAAAUUAGUCCUCCAUAAAUAUUAAUGAUUUCUCUUUAUUUAUUGUUUGUCUUUUAGCCUGUUAUGCUAAAAUGAUGUUAAGUUGACAGAUUGGUUCAUGUCCAAAUUGUCGUUCAGACCUGUACAUUAUAUCAUAGUUAAAAACGAUUACUGAAAGCAUACAAAUAUCACUUGUGUUUUAUCAGCAAAUAAUCAAAAUGUACACAAAGUAUAAAAGAUAUUGUCAAAUUCUUGUCUUGUUAUAGUUUACAAUAUAUAUUUUAUGAAAUACUUUAUUAGAUAUGUGUUUACAUUUAAAUGAGUUUAUAAGUCAAAAUCCACAUAGUCGUAGUAAUAUUUAAUGUAUAUGUAUGUGUGACACUGUGUUGAUGCAUGAAAAAGAGGCCACCAUGCUGAAUGACAUUUGAGAAACAAUGUUUAAAUGGGCAUCUACUCUAUUGCUUUAAAAUUAGAUACAUUGUAUAUUUUCUUGCACGUUAACAUAUAAUCGAUGGAGAUUUUUCUCAGCCCUUAAUUUAGGGUAUUUAUUUUUACAUAUCUCAAUUUUCAAGCAUAUCAGUCAUGAAAUAAAUACAUAUCUAUUGAUAGGAACUGCAUUUGCAAUACACAGUUAUUAUUGAGGCCAAUUUUUCUACCUGAUCUGUAUGAAACAGUCAAAAUGGUUGCGUUUCAUGAAGCUAGAUCAGUAAUAAGUGAGUUAUGUGAGUAAAUACGGGGCCUUCAUGGCCCUCUUGGUUUGUGUAGAGAAUGUUCGCAGCUUCUAUGUAGUUGUAAAUUGCUAAGAUGUUACCAAUAUAGUUGCACAUUAAUCAGGUCAUUAAAUCUAGACAUUUCUGAAACUCAUUUUCUUUGUGUAAAAUGUCCUUUCAUUGUGUGUUCAGCUAGAUAGUAACAUUUUACUAAAACCAUUUUAAUUGAUAUUCUUUUUGCAGAUAUCUGCUACAAAUAUUAUUCUUUUUAAAUGAAGCUUUUCAGGGAGACAUGCACUUUUUUCAAAAGCAACCUCUAGUUAUGAUUCAUUUUAUCAAGGUACAUGGUUUUCAUGUGUGUCAAAUUUAUUUAGCAACAAUCAGAGUCUUCCUGUGUGCUUGUAUAGUGAUAUAUCAGCAGAAUAUACAAUCAUUGUGAUUGGAUGCCUAUUUCCAAACAAUGCUCUAUUUUGUUCAUUAGGAGUUUUUGAGCACUAAUAAAGUUUACAUUAUUAAGCAUCUUGUAAAUUUCAUGUGUGAAUUUUCUUUUAUUUCAAAGGAAAUAACUUUCGUUUCCACAUAAAUAUGCAAAUAUCAGCCAGGUUUUCAGAAAAGUUUUCUAGUUCUAAGGUAGUUCUGCAAUUGUUUGAUUAACUGGAAAUGACGGUGUAGUCUUAUUUAUCCGGAAAACCUAGAAUAAUGUCUGGUAGUCUUUAUUCGGGUAGCAUAAAUGUUGUUGUCUGUCCUAUCCCGUGAUGUAAAUAUUAAACAAACAGCACUACUGCCUUUUCUUAAGGUUAAUUUUAACAAAAGAUAGGUAUUGUUCUAAAAUAUUACAUUGAAUAAUAACAUGAAAUAAGCAGCUAUAUAAGGAAUCCCAUUGAUAUUUGGCAAAUUGUGAAAACGUAAGUACAGUGCAAUCGUGGUCCUACGAAAAACCAAGGGACCGGCCAUUUUCUUUCGUAAUAUCGCAUUUUCGUUCGAGCGCAACAUAGGAAAUUUCGUUAUUCGACACCAUAAUAUCUCCAUGCCUUAACAACUAACCAAAUGUACACGCCAUGAUAUUUACACAUGUCAUUUUCGUAUCGGAGUACAUGUAUACCAGAUUUAUAUGAACACCUGAGUUUACUACAAAAAAAAAAUACAAAUCUAAUUUGAAUAUGAACUCAGAGGGUAUCUGGACUGUAAAAUAUGAUGAGGACGGGAUGUGUUUUUUUCACUCUUUAUUCACUACUAUACAUAAAACAUAAAUGCAUAUAUAAAACGUAUACAGGGACGUGUAAAUUGCCUAUUCUGAUUCAGCUAUCCUUCCAGAUGACCUGGACCCUUCACAGAAUUGCUCGGAAUAACAAAACAAUCACAACUUUAAUAUUUAUUCGUAUCUUCUUUAUGCAGUGAUUGUAUGAGACGUAUAGAUAUCGAAGCACAUGUGACUGGUGUACCAUCCGAUCCGUAUGUGUUUUGCAUUUAAUUUGUAAGUUUUCACACUUUAAUUACUGUUUACGCCCCGCAUUCAGCGUUUUUUCACACUUCACCACGACGACCGUUCAGCAUAACGCCGGACUUGACACAUUAAGAAUGGAAGGUGUAAAUACUUAGCUGGUACAGAUAUUCAUAAGAUUGCAACUGAAACAAGUUGAAAACAGGCUGUAAGGGCAUAACAAUAUAUUCAAAGGAGUGCAUUUUUCGUAAAACUGUGACUUUGUAACAUAGAAAUAAGAAGGAAAGCAGCCGGGACCACAACACCUUUUCGUAGCAUACCGGUAUUUCGUUAAAUUGCAAUUCGUAGCACCGUGAAUGCACUGUACAUGGACCAUUUGGUUUUAUUUGGCCAUAUGAUUGAAAAUAGAUAUAUAUAAUCUAAAACUAUGGAAGUUUCGUUAAAAUCUACAUUGUGAAACUUUCUGUAUGCAAAAAGGUCAUAAAAAGUGUACAUUUACCGUAGAAGCUCAUUGUGAAAUUGACUUGAGGACCAAUAUUGUCAAAUAGGUCUGCUAAAAAUUAUGCAUAUGGCCCUGCCUUGUUAUUGGCUAAAUUUCUUUCAGAUACAGUGAUGAUUUAAUAAAAUUUCAUGUUGCACAACAAUAUAUGUUUCAAAGGUGCAGAACUACCUUAUUUCAAGACAACACAGUGACUUUCCAGCUUCAGUGAUGGAAGGAAAGGGUCAUGUACUGCUGUGAAAUUUCACAUGCAGGAAUACUGGAAUACCCAGAUGGAGUUUUGAACCCACACUGGAAAGAGGUCAAUGACCGUUACCACUUACCCACCAAGAUGAUGUGCUAUAUUUAGAAACACGACAGAAUUUAUAUCAAAUUUAGUAGCAUAAGCAAAUUUUCAUGAAAGAGUUACUGUUUGAAAAUUAUCUGAAUAAAAUGGUAUUAGUGUUUCUAACUGUUUUGAGAACUUAUAAUUCAAGAUUUAAGAUCAGUGAAAUAGAAAGGUUGACAUUUAUGCAAGGUUAUUUAGGUGUUCACUGCAUGUUUUAUAUGUGUAUUUAUUGAAGGUCUAUUGGGAACACUGUACAUAAGCACAAUGACUGUAAUAUUUGUGUUCAGAGUGUUGUUUAUCUAAGUUACAGCAUCUGUGUCAUAUAUCAAAGUCGCAUGUACUGAAAUGCUUUAACACAGCAACAUUUUAUCAUGCAUAUCUCAGAAUAAUUCCUAUUUUGGGCAUAUAUAAUUAUAUUUAAAUUUUUUGAUGAUGUACUAUAUGUCAAAAUUUUACAAUGGAAGACAUUUUGAUUUCCAUAGACAACCAACGUAAAUAUGAAAAGUUGAAGUUGCAGAAGGUAAAACAGGAAUAUCACCUUAUUUUUCUUUUGUAUUUGUCUACAUCUGCUCAACAUUUUUGGUGUUCACGGAAGAACUCUCCUUCAGUCAUGAGACUAAAAUCACAGGAAUAUUAAAACAUUCCACCAGGAUAUGUUGUGUCGAGAUGUUUUCAGAUCAACCCCUUGGAGUGUGGUACUGUAGAUUUCUGUCCACGUUGUUAAAUCACCCAAACGCACUUUACCUCAGAAAAUGUCAAAAUUCCCUUAGACCAUUAUCAUUUCAAUUUAGUAAUAUGUAUUUUUCUAGACUGUCAGUGGUUGGAGAACCCAUUUUCAUCAUUUUUUUGGACAUCAGCCUCUGCAUCAGUCCUUUACAGACUUGUAUCAGUGACCCCUGGGUGCUAACUUAUUCUGUUUGAAGUCAUACCUGAAUGAUCAUUGCAAAAAUAUUGGAAGUUAUACACAAUAUAUAUAAAAUCAUUCAAUUAUUAAAGUUGUCACUGAAUACUCGGCAGAAAGUGAAGCAAUGCUGCUUGUUGAAGCAUUUUAUUUUGAAAAGAAAUACUAUAAUAUAACAUCUCCCAUAAGAUAUGACACAUCUGCUUUGAAAAUUUUUUCAUCACGUUUAGGUAUGUCAUGGGAGUGAAAUAACACCAUGUCAUGUUUAUUUUAUAGAGAACUUUUGUACAUAAGAUGUUGAUCAAAUUGACUGUCUACAAUAGGUGAAGAAGCAAUUUUGAUAUUUCAGUAUAUGAUGAAAAGACUCUUAAAUUAGUGUCUUUUGACAUUGAAUUUAUUUAGUGUCUUUUGACAUUGAGUUUAUUUAUUGUCUUUUGACAUUGAAUUUAUUUAGUGUCUUUUGACAUCAAAUUUAUUUACCUUCUUGGAUAAAUAUGAUAAAAUGCUUGGCAGAAACCUGGCGUUAUAUUAUUUUAUCUUAAACUUAUUUAUUAAAUUCAGUAUGAAAAAAACAUUCAUUUAAGAUCUUCUGUAUAAAUUUAUACAUUUUCCGUCCAUACAUAAAAAAUUCUGUGAUAUUUGUACAUUGUGUUAUUGGAUUUUUUGUAUGUUUAUAUUUUUUAAACAAUAAGAUUUUGCUGAAACUGGAGGAAAUGUAAUGAUAUUGAUGUUUUAUUUGUUGCAUGAUACGUUUUCUUGCUUUUUACAAAUUCUGUUUUUUGUCACAACAGUGAUGUUAGAGAAAUUACUGUUUUAUGUUUUGGCAAAUGCUUUUUAGAGCUCAUUUAACCAAAAUUAUCAUAAUUGCUUAAUUUCGCGAAAAACAGUGAUGAAAAAAUUUGCUUCAUUAAAAAAACAGCAAGAAAAACCAAAAUUGCAGAAUUGCAGUGUUGGUUAUUAGUGUACUUUAAAACAACUGAAUAAGGUUUGCAAAUGUGCUUGCUUUCAACCAAAAUGGCUAAUGGGGGGGGGGGGGGGUGGGGACUGAUAGAUUUUAAAGAAAAAAAUAAUUAGACCUUCAUUUCAUUAAUAGGAUUUAAAAUCCAAGGUCUCUGAUUGAUGCAACCAUGAAUGCUAGUGCCUUCCUCCCCCCACUGGUAAUGUAAAACUGUUGGACUUUUUUUAUAGAGAGAUAAUACAGAAUAUAAUAACAUUGUUGCAGUAAAGAGUUUAAUUAAGUUAAAAUACAUGUUUUAUCACAUUAAUAAAUAUUUCUCUACAUCCAGACAAACUACUGUACAUAAACCUUGUAUGGACAGUUUUCAGCAAACAUCAUUUUAAAAGGAAGACUAUAAGACCCAUAGAUAUCUCAGCCUUAAGCCUGCUGGUGGCAAGUGAUUCCGUCUUGGCGACCAGUACAGACCAAGAUCAGCCUGCAUGGAAGGCUGAUUCUGGUCUGCACUGUUAGCUAUUCAGUCAGUCAGUCAGUAAAUUUUCAGUAAGCACACAUUCAACUAAUCAAUGGUAUUGCCCAAAUUGAAUGAUUGACCAGUCCAUUUUAGAAAUUUAGCAGGCUAAAGGUUAAUAUUUUGUCUGCAUUCUUUGAAGUUUUCUUUCACCCUCAGAUUUUGUCUUCCCUCAAUGGAAUUUUUUGGAAUGCUGUUUCAGCACACACAAAAAUUAAUAACUAAAUUAGAAAACAAUGGGUCAUAUGCUGUUAUCUUUUUUUCAUACGCGUAUUUUCCUUACAGUUGUGGUAAAACAUGUUUUGUGUUUGUAGGUGUAGACUGUCAUUCAAACUAUUUGCAUUGGCAGAAUUUAGAAGAUAUUAAAACACUAAUCAGAUAUAUGCAUAGUUUUACUUAGAUUGUUAUGUGAAAGAUCUUUGACACUGAAGUAAAAUAUUCCAAAACUGA